AUGCCCUAUCUGCUAUUCUUUGCGCUCCUUCCCCGCCUCAUUACUGCUGGCUCAGUAUCCAAGGAGCAGUUGAAUCCUGUCCGUCGAAACAGUUAUCCCAUCACUCCAGCUGUGGACGAAUCGCUCCUGGCCAUCCAGAUCGGAGGCAUCGUCGGUGCAUACGUGAUCUUCGUUGCUAUACUUCUUUCGCUGCUCCUCUUCGUGGGCCGCCGUCUGCGACGAGCCGUCCUCUCCUCCAACUAUUCACUCCACGUCGAGAUGAUGAAGCCCGUGAAGCCGCCUCCCAGCAUGGACCCCAGCCCUGUCACCCCGAUCUCCGUCAACCUGCCCAGCCCGGGCCCUCGAAGCUUCAGCCGGUCCUGGAGUAGCCUCGGCAAGGGCUCUCGCUCCCACGCCUCAGGGACCACCACCAGCGUCGCCACGAUCGACGAAUCCGUCGUAGCAACUGACCGCCAGCGCGCUCAGGAGGACUUGGAGAUGCUCUACGCUGCCGUGAUGGAGCAUGACGCACAGAAAGAAGCUGCCGCCGCAGCUCGGGGUGCCAACCAGGACUCCUCCGAUGGAGACGAAGCUGUAGCAGAAGCAGCAGCAGCAGCAGAGAAAGAGAUUCCCUCUCCAGACAGCAUCCCCACGAACCCAUUCACAGAUCGCUCCUCACACGUCUCCUCCAACAACUCUCCACUGAGCCCGCGGUCCAGCGGCCGGCUUUCCCGCAUCUCCUCCCUUUCGCUGUUCAACCUCAAGUCGCAGAACCAGCAGCAAUCAUCAAGCAGCAACAGCAACAGCAGCAAACUGCGUUCUCCACGACCCUUCCCUCUCCGCAAACUUUCCAUCUCCUCCCCCGUCGCCUCCCCAUCCUACCAGGCCGAUCAACCCCCCUUAACCCCAAGACACUACAAUCCUCCACCCCGACCCCCAGCACCUCCUCUCCCAGUAGCAACACCUGCAAUGACUGCACAAAAGCAGCAACAACAACCAUCCCUUCCCCAAAUCAACACCCAACCUCCUCCUCCCCUCCCAACUCCCCGUCUCGAACCACCCCGCGCCAAAGAAAGAUCCCCCCGCGGGCCCGUCCCUCCUCCCCUAACCCUAACCACUCCCACAGGGAGCAACACAACCCACCAUGGCCGCAGUCCAUCAUCAUCGCUACCCUUCCGUGACGCUUACCCGCUUCAGAGCGCGCCAGCCACGAAACUCACGGUGCUGGAGAGGCCGAUGAAACAGCUGAACGGGCCCAGAACGGGCAUGCCCACGCCGUAUAGUCCGUACAUGCCGUUUACGCCAGUGACGCCGUUGACACCCAGCUCGAUGAUUACGAAGAGGCAAAGACGAAGGGCGGAAAAGGAGAGCGGGUUGAAAGUUUUGAAUGAGGAUGAUUUGGUCAGGGAUGACGGGGAUAUGUGGGGGUAUUAG